AUGAUGCUGCAUUUUAAGUAUCUCACUCCUUUGAUGAAAUUCAGGACAAAAGCUCCAUGUAGAGCUCAGUUGAACUCAGUUGUUGCAGCAACAGUCAACAAACCAGAUCAUGUCACAUUAGUCAAUCACAGACUAGUUCUGUUGCCGAUGAGUUUUAUGAAAAUGCCUGGUUUCUUGUGCAUGACUUAUGUUACACGAUCUCAACGGUUGACUUCGGCUUCCACAGCUGCAAAGACAUCCCAGAACAUCACCAUUGAUCCACACCCCAAAGAAAUGGAGGAAGAGAAAACUAAGUUUGAGACAGGUCAUGAGGGCAAGAAGAUCGAAGGGAGAGUGGUGUUGAUGAAGAAGAAUGUUCUGGACUUGAACGAUUUUAAAGCAUCGGUUCUUGAUCGUGUUCAUGAGCUGUUAGGCAAAGCGGUUUCUCUGCGGCUCAUUAGUUCCGUUAAGGGUGAACCUGAAAAAGGGUUUCAGGGGAAACUUGGCAAGCCAGCAUAUCUGGAAGACUGGAUCACCACAAUCACUCCUUUAACAGCGGGAGAGUCUGCAUUCAAGGUUACCUUUGACUGGGAAGACGAAAUAGGAGUUCCAGGAGCCUUCUUAAUAAUAAACAAUCAUCACACUGAAUUCUUCCUUAAGACUGUCACCCUUGAAGAUGUUCCUGGUGAGGGCCGGGUCCACUUUGUUUGCAACUCAUGGGUGUAUCCUGCAGAAAAAUACACGAAGGACCGUGUUUUCUUCGUUAACAAGACAUUUCUCCCCAGUGAAACACCGUUGCCACUGCAAAAAUACAGAGAAGAAGAACUAGUACACUUGAGAGGAGAUGGAAAGGGAGAGCUCCAGGAAUGGGACAGGGUCUAUGACUAUGCUUACUACAAUGAUCUAGGGAACCCUGAUAAGGGUCCUAAAUACGCCCGUCCUACGCUGGGAGGGUCUAGUAAGUACCCUUACCCUCGCAGGGGAAGAACUGGCCGACCAGCGACAGAGACAGAUUCUAACAGCGAGAGUAGGUUGCCACUUCUUAUGAGCUUAAACAUUUAUGUACCAAGAGAUGAACGAUUUGGACACUUGAAGUUGUCAGACUUCCUGGCUUAUGCACUGAAAUCCAUAGCUCAAUUCAUUAGACCAGAGCUAGAAGCCCUGUUUGAUAAGACUCCUAACGAGUUUGACAGCUUCGAGGAUGUUCUUAAACUCUAUGAAGGAGGCAUUCCCUUGCCAGAAGGUUUAUUGAAGGAUAUCGGAGACAACAUCCCUGCAGAGAUGCUCAAGGAAAUUUUCCGAACUGACAGUGCACAAUUGCUCAGAUUCCCCAUGCCUCAAGUGAUCAAAGAGGAUAAAUCGGCUUGGAGGACAGAUGAAGAAUUUGCCAGAGAAAUGCUGGCUGGAGUGAACCCUGUCAACAUCCGUCGUCUCCAAGAAUUUCCACCAGCAAGCAAACUAGACCCAAAAGUUUACGGUGAUCAAACUAGUACAAUAACAGAACAAGAUAUAGGGAAUACCAUGGAUGGACUACCGGUGGAUGAGGCAUUCAAGCAGAACAAGUUAUUCAUAUUAGAUCAUCAUGAUGCAUUGAUGCCAUACCUGAGGCGGAUAAACUCAACUUCGAACAAGAUCUAUGCUAGCAGAACAAUCCUUUUCUUGAAAAGUGAUGGAACUUUGAAGCCAUUGGUGAUUGAAUUAAGCUUGCCUCAUCCUGAUGGAGAUCGAUUUGGUCGCAUUAGUAAAGUAUAUACACCAGCUGAAGAAGGUGUAGAAGGCUCCAUAUGGCAACUGGCUAAAGCUUAUGUGGCUGUAAAUGACUCUGGAUAUCAUCAACUUAUCAGUCACUGGUUGAACACCCAUGCAGUGUGUGAGCCAGUUGUAAUAGCUACAAACAGGCAGCUAAGCGUGGUUCAUCCAAUUUACAAACUUCUGCAUCCUCACUUCCGUGACACCAUGAACAUAAAUGCAUUUGCCAGGCAAAUCCUGAUUAAUGCUGGCGGCGUUCUGGAGACGACAGUUUUUCCAGCUAGGUAUGCCAUGGAGAUGUCAUCAGUGGUUUAUAAGGAUUGGGUUUUCACUGAGCAAGCUUUCCCUGAAGAUCUCAUCAAGAGAGGAGUUGCGGUCAAGGAUGCAAAUUCUCCACAUGGUAUUCGCCUACUGAUCGAGGACUAUCCAUAUGCUGUUGAUGGGAUUGAAAUCUGGUUUGCAAUUAAAACUUGGGUUGAAGACUAUUGCUCUUUCUACUACAAGACUGAUGACAUAAUUCAAAAAGACACUGAACUCCAAUCCUGGUGGAAGGAGCUUGUAGAGGAAGGCCAUGGUGACAAAAAAGAUGAGCCCUGGUGGCCUAAAAUGCAGACUCGCGAAGACCUAGUAGAAACAUGCACUAUCAUCAUAUGGACUGCUUCUGCUCUCCAUGCAGCUGUCAACUUUGGACAGUACCCUUAUGCAGGCUACCUCCCCAACCGCCCUACUAUAAGCCGAAAAUUCAUGCCUGAGAAGGGAACUCCUGAGUACAAAGAGCUCGAAUCCAGCCCCGAUACAGUUUUCUUGAAAACAAUUACUGCUCAGCUGCAGACAGUGCUUGGCAUUGCCCUUAUUGAAAUUCUGUCAAGGCAUUCUACUGAUGAAGUGUAUUUGGGGCAGAGAGACACUCCUGAAUGGACAGCAGACACAGAACCAUUGAAAGCCUUUGAUAAAUUUGGAAAGAAACUGGCUGAAAUUGAGGACAGAAUUACAAGUAUGAACAAUGAUGAGAAACUGAAGAACCGAGUUGGACCGGUGAAGGUGCCCUACACUUUGCUAUUUCCUACAAGCGAAGGAGGACUUACUGGCAGGGGAAUUCCCAACAGUGUCUCAAUCUAA